UGUACGAUACGAUACCUAUUAGUUGUUUACUGAUAAAAUCCUUUGUGGCAUACAUAUUUGCAAAUCAAUUUUUAAAAGUACUACAAGCCGUGUAAUUUAUAAUAAUUAGUCAUGUCCUUUUUCAAGAAUGUAGCGUCCAGUUUCACCAUCCGUAGUCGUGAUACGGUUUUGAAAGAAUCUCUAAUAAAUAACUUAUCUGAAUGCGUAAAAGACAUACAAUACAAUAAUCAGUUCGAAGAAAACUUCCACAGCGUUCUUGGGUCGACGGAUUCUACUAACACCUUGUGUACGGCUCUUGAAGCAGUAUUUCUACAUGGUUUGAAGGACACAUUUCUACGAAAGGCGAAAAAUGUACUGUCAGGUGAUCCAGACCUCCGACCCCAGCCGAACUUUUGGCCACUAGUACUAGUGCUCUCUCAUCGCCAGAAUAUCGACGAGAUCUCCUCAUUGCUGCAGAUCAACACUGAAAUUGGACAAUGCAGGGCUUGGCUGCGGAUUGCCCUCAAUGAAUGUCUUCUAUCCUCUUACAUGGCAACUCUUCUGAAAAACAUAUCUGCUGUUAGACCUUUCUAUAAUAAGUCUGCCUUUGUGUGUGAUUCCGAAAUUUUAGAAGUUGCCCAAAAACUCAUAGAAGGAUUAGAGACAUGCAUUCAGUUUAACUUGCCUACUAAUUCAAGUUUACUUAAUCACUGGCCUGAACCAGUGCUGAUGCUGGCAGGCCUGUGGGUGCCGACAAUGCGAGCGGCGCCCAUCAGUGCAGGCCUUGACGUGGCCAGCACCAUGUGUGAUGAAGAGGUCAAGCCUAAAGAUGUGGCCACUCCAACCCACAUAUCUGGAAUAACUGGUUUGGGCAGGCUGGCUCUAAAUGAAGAUGAAGCAUUAGAUUUUAUCCUCUCUGUAUCUAAUGACAUUACCAUCACGGGAACACAACCUCAAAUUGGACCAGAAAGAAAGGAUGACGUUGACGAUAAAAAUCCUGUGACUGAGAAUGAAAGUAAUGUUCUAUCUUUAGAUCAGCCAUCUACAAGUCAGAACCAAGAUGUUCUUAACAAUAGUCUACAAGAAGAUGCAGAUGCUGAUCCAUUGGAUGCCGCUAAUGAUGUUGUAAUUACUGGAAACUCUUUGUGUGGUAAAGGAUGGUCCACUGAUAAAAAUGAUGAAAUGAAUUGUUCUAUUAAUUCCAACUCAUCACAUGGCAGCAGCCUCAUAAAAACACCAGAGUUAAAAAGUUUGUCAUCUCUGCUGGAUACAGCAAAUAAUGUGACAGAAAAAUGUGUCAAUACUCCUAAUUUGCGAGACAUCAUGAAAGAUAUCCAUAAGGAGCUAAAGUUAAAUACAGAUGAACCAGAAGUUGUUGAGUUGAAGUCAGAAGUUGCUACACCUGAGGACCCCAUGCUCCAAGGGUUGGGCUUUGAAAUUGUGUCCAAUUCAGUAACUGGCUCGUUCACCGUCACAGAACUUCAGAAGAUGAUUCAGCAGCUGGGGAGCCUCUCCCGGGAACAUGGUCUGGAUCAUCAAAAUUAUCAGUGCAAGGGAUGUCAAGACUUGUUGGGCAGCACCAUUUCCAAAGCUAAAGUGUGUGCUUAUACUGGGGAAUACUAUUGUUCCAAUUGCAUGGAUGCCAACUUCUUUAUAAUUCCGGCUCGGGUGAUACACAACUGGGACUUUAAGAGAUACCCAGUCUCCAAAAAAUCAGCUAUAUUCUUAUUAGAGUUCCAGCAUCAUCCCUGGAUCCAUAUGAAAAAGCUUAAUCCAAAAAUAUAUAGUGGGGUGUCUGAUAUGGCGCAGUUACAAGAAUUAAGAAUACAACUUAACUUCCUAAGAGCAUACAUAUUCUCAUGUAGAGAACCUGUUAUUGAAGAAUUGCAGAAACGAGUCUGGCCGAGGGAAUACCUAUAUGACCAUGUGCACUUGUACACUAUAUCAGACCUGGUGCAGAUACCAAGCGGAUUCUUGUUAUUGCAGUUAGAGAAAGUUGUCAACUUUGCAAAGACUCAUGUGCUAGAUUGUUGGUUUUGUAGCCAGAAAGGGUUUAUAUGUGAAGUUUGCCGAGAUCCUAAAGUAUUGUAUCCAUUUGAAACAAGCACCACAUAUCGUUGUGACGAGUGCUCAAGUGUAUUUCAUAUCAAAUGUUUCAAUGCAAAUAUGCCAUGUCCAAAAUGUAAACGAAAACAAAGUCGCACAAAUGAAUCUAACCUAUUUAGAAGUAGUUGUUCUACUUCUAUUAUAUAA